UAGUUACUUAUAUUUCUGCAAAAUAUAAGAUUGAAAAAGGUAAAGGAGAUAGAUCUAGAAUGCUAAUUUGGGAUAACUAUAGUGAAGGUAAAAAAGAUAGGCAUAGGCAUUUUGAGGCAAUUUGUCAUUAUUAUAAUAAAGGAAAAUGGCAAUAUGAAAAACCUUCAACUAUAGAAGCUCAUUUAGCACUCUAUUGCAAGAGACCAUUAAUUGAGGUUACCAAAAGAGGUGAAAAAGUGAAUAAUAAAAACAAAGAAACUCCUAUUAGAAAAAAAACAAAAACAGCCAAUCAAUCAAUUACUUCUUACUAUCAAUAUAUUAGUCAAUUAUCUCCUCAACAAUCUGCAGAUAUUACAAAAGCAUUACUUAAAGCUUUU